AUAGACGUCUAAUAGAAAGAAUCGAUCGCCUUAUAUCCGUCUAAAACAUUGCGUGAAACGACCAUUGUUUGCCUUUGUCAUUUUGCUGGCUUCAUGCGAGGGCCACCGACCGGCGAUUACCAUAGUGACUACACGCUAUCUGAGGUCGUUCAUGGGUCGAUUUGUUCCCUCCGGUAUGUAAUGUAUUGGUAUGCUUGAACGAACAGACGACAGGCACGACACAGUGUGAUCUUGGCCCAGCCGACCCAAUACCAAACAUAAACCAGUGUCUAUGUGCGAGGCGGGGAUUGUAAUGAUUUCUAAUAUUCUACUUUUUGGAGUUUGAAAGCGUACUUUGUGUCGAAAAGGAGAAAAUCAUCAUGCACAGACAUCGGAAUAACUAAGUUUUGUGAUUGCUCAAUUUAUUUCGAACGCGUACACAAUAUUUGGACGUUUUUGACACCGCUGCGAAAGAUUUAUUCCACUUGUUGCGAACUUAAUUGGUUCUUGAUCCCGUUAAUUUGUUUGGAUAUUCUUCAUACUACCAUGAUCAGAGAAUUAUUUAACCUGAUGGAAUUAUAACCAGACAUGACAUCCAAGGCAGCUGAGAAAUCGUCUGGUGGUCUUCCGAGGCCGUAUACCACCAAUACUUUUCGACAAAAGUUGGAACAAUUUGAGGAACUUAUUGCCCGUCUCACCCAGCAGGACAGCGAGGCGAGUGCGGAGGAGCGACGGCAGGCAAUCAAUGAAAACCUGAGGUUUGACACAUUUUGUGAUUCAAUUCAAGCCUUGUUUGGUCCAGACAUCAGAAGCAGUGAUCUCAAAUCAAUCUUCAGGAAAAUCAGCAACAAUCCAGAUGCUAAGGUUGAUUGGAGUGAGAUUUUUGGAUAUUUCCAAUCUACCACUGAUGAACCUGAGCCCAUGCUCAGUGAAGACAUCAGUGUCUUCACAGUCUCAAAGAAACAGAGAGUUGGAGAGGCAGCAGGUGACAAGAAGAGAAGAGAUGUAAUCCAUGCUGCAACAUGUGUGCCUCAAGUAGAUGUGUAUCUAGCAGCAUCACAGAAAGGUGUUAUAUCAGUAUGGAAUUGUAAGACACUAAGAUUACAAGCAUGCUGUGAUGUCAAUGAGACGUGUUGGGUGACAGGAGUAGACUAUUUGCCAAGUCUGCGUAGGAUCGCUUGUUGUACAGAACGUAGUAUUUGUGUUUGGGAUCACAGAGCUAAAGGAAAGAACCAGAGCAUUUUUUGUAUCAAGCCCACCGACAACUCAGUCCAAUGUCUUGCCUGGGUCCCUUACGCCCAAAACCUCCAUGAGGAUAGCCUUGUGUUUGGUGAUGAUCAAGGGUCCAUCAGUCUCCUCACUAUAGCUGCUAAGGAUCUCAAUACCAAGCAUGCCAAGGUCGACAAACGCAACCAGAAUCUCAUCAUUGAACCAGCUACUCUUACCUAUCCGAUUGUGAAAAGGAAAUUUCAUGACAACUGGGUGCUGAAGAUCAAAUACUUCCCUGAGUUAAGGUGCUUCGCAUCCUGUUCUCCAAGCAGUAAUACUUCAUUUGUACUUGAGUCGGUUGAUAGAAUCACAGACAAUCUACCAUUCAAGUCCAUCAGUAUCCCUAAGGGAGUCAACUCCUUUGCUUUCUGUUCCCGAGCCAAUAUCAUAGCAACCGGAGGCAAUGAUAAGAUUGUCCGCAUCUGGCAUCCACAUAUCUUCUCCAGACCAACGGGCAAGAUGAUUGGUCAUCUCUUCACCAUCAUUGAUGUAGCCGUCAAUGAGAAGGAUCAGCAUGUCAUUAGUUUAUCAACAGCUAGGGUAUUCAGAAUAUGGGACAUUCACACUCUGACGAGCUUACAGGUGUUUACUGACAAUGAAGACAGGCCUGGUGAGAAGAGGAUUCAUUGCAUGGUGUUUGAUGAGAAACAUGAGAGACUCAUGACAGGUUCUAGCGUAUUGGAUGUGUGGCCUCUCACAAGAACAGUUCAAGAUACGAUGCAGGUACCACACACCCAUGACAGACCCAUCAGUCAUGUACUGUGUAAUGCUGAACUCAAUCAGGUUGUCUCUGUUUGUACAGAAUCUGUUAUCAAGGUUUGGGAACUAGAAUCUGGCAAAGCGGUAUAUCAUGUGACUGGGUCACAUGGGCCAAGUACAGAAGUCACAGCCCUUGCCAUCGACACAACAGGAUAUAGACUGGCAUCUGGUGCAAUGGAUGGUUCCAUCAAAGUGUGGGACUUUGGAAGCGGUCAAGAAAUCCGGUCCUGGGUCUACUGGUCAGAGAAUGAGAAGGAGGAGGAUGUAUCCAUUGCUUCCAUGCUUUACUGUGAAGUCCAGAAGUUUGAUGACCCCAAACCUCACCGCUGCUUAGCUGUGCUGGGCUGGAACAAUAAACUCAAGCUUCUAGAGGACCCUGCUGAUCACGGAGACUUGGUCCUGUUUGCAGAGUUCUCGGGCUACACCCAGCUACCUGACAGUCUGUUCCUACCCAGUAGUCCCAAUCCUAGCAGUGGAAGCAGCAGUGCUAGGGGCGGUGGGAGUGUAAGCUCCUUCAACAGGUCAGCUCCCCUCCCAUCCAUUGGCAAAACUGUUGCACAGGUCACAAACAUGGCGAAGGAGGAUGACAUCCUUCAGUACUAUGAGAUGACAUGUACAGCCUUCAUGAAGCCAGAUGUGCUUGCUACCGGAUGUUCUAAUGGGAACAUCCUCCUGUGGGAUGUAUCUAGAGGUGCUAUUGAUAACAUAUUUGAGAUGCCUCCACUGGCUCCUGGACCUGAUGACGAGAGUAGACUGAAGAGUCCCAAUCCUCACAAGGUCUAUAUGAUGAUGUUUCUCAUCCACAGGACAAGGAGACCAGAUCCUGCUUUUAUCAAGAAACUGACAGUGAGACAUGAAGGACCUUCAACUCCUGGUUCAGAGCUAGAAGGGAUCACAGAGGGUGAUGAAGACUCAGAUGUUUCAUCGUUAACUCAUAAAGAAAAGGAUGAAGAUGAGGAAGGGAUGGAGGAGGAGGAUGCUCGAAGCCCAAGGGAUGGAGAAGCUGAAUACAUGGAUACUGUCAUUCAGGAUGGCGAGAAGGAAGAGAAGAUGGAAGAUGAGGAGAUGGAGAGGUUAGGAUCUAAGCCAGAGAGUGAGCAGGACCCUAAUACUAAGAUGCUGGUCACAGAAUAUGAUCCUCUUCUCGUCUCGGUUCAUGCAGAUUCCUUCAUCAGAUUCUGGACUAUGGAGGGAGAGGUUGUGAGGAUGCUGAGCCCUAUGACAAAGCGACAAGGAUCAGCUGUCACAUCUAUCUGCUCAGAUAUAGACUGUAACAUAAUCAUUACCGGAGAUAUGAAGGGUUACAUAACGAUGUGGAAUGUUGCUGAGCUCUUGGAGGAUCCUCUAACAGAUGAACACGGAGCAGUGCAGCAGCUGAUCAGUUGGAGAGCUCACCUCAGUAAGAUUGUUAGUCUGAUCUAUGUGGAUAGGAUGAAGAUUAUCUUAUCAGGAUCAACAGAUGGUUCAGUGAGGGUUUGGUUUGGUGAUGGCCCUCAGAGGAGUCACUUCAUGGGAUUCUUUGGUCAGCAUAGACCCUGGAACUACCCCAGUGCAGAGAGCUCCAGUGAGCCUGUCUUACCCUACGACAUCGCUGAGAGACCUCUGCUACCACCCAAGAGGGAGAACGAGAAGAAGAAACAGAAUGCCCAAAGCUAUGAGUAUCCACUCAUCUUUGACAGUGACAAAUGGAAGCCAUUCCGUCGUUCAGCCUACCAACAGACCAGAAACAAGAAGCUGGAGCCUGAAGAUAAGAAAUUCUUUGAAGCGCUUCAGAAACCUCACUUCUACAACGAUCAUCUCAAGAGCUUCAAGACCGGAGAAAUGAGUCUUGGAGCAGUGUUCAGAGCCCUACCUGUCUAUAGGGUGAGUACCCCUGAGAGAUUGGAGACACCAGCUAUGGAGUACAGCAAGUCAGCUAUAGCCAAUAACUCCUACCUGUAUGGAGCACCUCCAGCUAGGAACAACAGGGAUCCUUCACCUGUCAAAGAAGUCUCUACAAAGCCAAGCAAAGGUCAGAAGAAAGGUACCAUUUCUCCAAAUAGCUCACCCCUUCCAUCACCACGGCGACGUACAACAGACAAAACAAUCAGAUAGUAGAUGAUAGAGCUCAAUUCUUUCAUGGUCAUGGCUAUGAUUUUCAACCUUCAACUUUUAGUCUAUAGAUAGUAAUGUAGCAUGAGAAAUAUCUCAAUGUUUAUGUAUGUAGAUAUGUUACCAUCUUCCCUUUUGCGUAAAAAUAGCUGAGAGGUUAGGAAUCAUCUAGGUUGUAUGUUGCAGAAAGUGAAAUGAGCAUCUCGUUAAAUUUGGCUCAUCUUCAGUCGAAAGAAUAUAUUUACCAAUGCCUUAUCUAAUUUUGUUAUUGUUGCAUAAUUGAUAAGAAGUUGUGGGGAUUCCAUGGACAGUUACCUCUUACAUGUUCAAACAUGUGCAAAAUGCCUCUUUAUCAUCAAACUACUUUUUGCUAAAAAUUAUGUCUGUGCAUUGACAUCUUAAGAUAUCCCAACACCAUUAAACUAUUUUCAUAAAAUUUUCAAUCAUGCAAAAUGACUUCAACAUAUAUUUUUAUUUGUUUGAAUAUGCAUCCACUAGGUGUCGAAGACCCACUGUUACCUGGGGAACAUUUCUGAAAUUUUGCAAAUGUUAUUUUAUUUCAUUCCUCAGUAUUUUUCACAUUUUCCUUCUGUAUAGGGUCUUAUUUUUUUAUGCAAAGAUAUUGCAUGUAAAUGUUGAUGUUUUGAUUGGAAGAGGUUUAGUUGAUAUAUUUUGUCCAUACAUGUAUGAGUUGAUGAUGUCAUAUGCAUAUACUGACGAUCAAGUGUGACCAAAGUACCAAAGAGCAGUAUUCUAUGUAGUAUAAAUCAUUACUUCAAUAUUCUUUUCCGUCCAUUUUUUAGUGUAAAUGCUGCUUGGCUGCUGUUUAGAUCCGUCCAGGUCUUUUGUAGGCAUCAUAGUAAUGCUCUGCAUGGCUGCUUUACUUUUAGCAAUCAUUUUAUAUCCGUCCAUUUCUUGUAGUUGAUUAACAUCUCUUCAAGUAUAUUUUGAUAAUUUGUAUAUUCAAAUCAAUUGUAUAAAUAUGUAUCCUAUUGAACAUGUAAAUUUGUAAAUAAAGAUCUUGACUUAUAUUUUCUAUCUAGUUUUACCUUGAAAACAUGCAGUAAUACACUAUGUUUGUAAAUAUCUAAAUUACUAUCUAAAUUGGGAAGUAUUUCUAACAGAGGGUGUGACGUCUCAACUCAUUAAGUGUGAAUUUGUUUUGGUGGUUGAAUAUGGUUAACAUGCACAAAGUGCAACUCAUUUUUAUCAGAUGGUUGUCUUUAUUCUUCUUCCAUUAAACAGUAUUGAAUGAAAAACUGUUUUUGUUAUGUAAAUUUAUGUAUAAGUACAUCAGUUUUAAACAUAUAUUUUCUGUAUGCUUCUUUAUAUUAGUAACCUAAUAAUUUGGUAAGAUUUAGAAAAUUCUCUUUUUUUACACAAUUUUAAGGCCCUUAUUUUUAUUUUUAAGAAAAACAAAAUUGCUGACUCAGUAAUGAUUUCGAUAUAUUUAUUUAAAACAAGAUUAUGAUUUUAAUUCUUAAAACAUGGAUGCUAGCAUUCCACUAUAUGGUACCCUUCAUAUAAGUGUUCUAGCAACAAACAAAAAAGGUAAAUUACCCUCCUGUCCACUGUACAAGAGUAUAAAAAACGUCUGCGCCUUCAGGGCUACCCUAGUGAUUAUGGUAAACUUAAAAUGGUAAAUAAAGAAAUGAGUGGAAGGAUGGAGACAAUUGAUAUACAACCAGUCCCCAUCUACCCCCUGAGAUGGACACACAUACUCAAGAUGUUUUGAGUUAUGUUUAUUUAAAUCUUAGAGAUAUAGAUUUCAGAUUUGUUUUAUGAUGUAGAAUAUAUCUUCUAUAUAGUUGUUUAAAUUCAUCUCAAUCUUUAGCUAUAUUUUGUUCAGCUCAUCUGUUUUGCUGCUUGUCCAUCUAUAAUCUUGUGUUGGUAUAUCUUUUGCGAAGAAAUUUUAAGUACAUGUUUAUCUGUUGUUUUUUAAUUUUCAAUGUUCUGAUUUGGAUUAUGGAAUGAAAUUUGCAAACCUAAGAGUUUUUUCUGAAAUAUUUAUCAAGUGUGAGCGUUUGCAGGGUGGAAUAAAACAUAUUUCAAAACAUUAA